AUGACUGCGUCUGACGAGUACACGGUUGGUUGGAUUUGCUCUACCGCUGUUGACUACAUUGCAGCGCGGGCAGUGCUGGAUAUAACACACCCUCAGCCCAAGCCUGGCUCCUUCUACACCACCACUCACUACACCUUGGGCGAAAUCGGAAACCGCAACGUUGUCGUCACUUUCAUCUCCAGGGAUGAGGAUGGGCUCUCUUCCGCCAAUGCGGCCACCGUCGCCGACAACAUGCUCCACGAAUUCCACAACAUCAAGUUCGGUGUGGCCGUGGGCGUGGGAAGCGGAGCGCCAAGUGAUCAACACGAUAUUCGGCUCGGAGAUGUCGUGGUGAGCACUCCCGGGAAUGGGAGGGGUGGUGUUCUUCAGUUCGACUUCGGCAAGGUCAUCCAGGGAGAGGAAUUCCGUUGGACGGGCCAUCUGAACAAACCACCCGCCAUCCUGCGUGCUGCUGUGAGCGGUCUCCGCGUGGAAUACGAAAGAGAAGGACACAAUAUCCAGGGAGCAAUCAACAAUGUCCUCGAAGAUCGGCCACAAUUACAAGAGAAAUACAGGCGGCCCGAUCCAUCGACUGAUCGUCUGUACGAGCCCGGCCAGGUGCAUCCCCCAACCGAUCGCUCAAGCUGCACGACCGCUUGUGGUAACGACGCAUCGACCUUGGUCUCCCGAGACGAACGAACUGCAAGCGAUGACAAUCCUUCAAUUCACUACGGCCUGAUAGCUUCGGCAGACACGAUGCUCCACGACGCCGAAAUCCGAGACACGCUUGCGGAUAGGCACGAUGCUCUUUGUUUUGAAGUCGGGGCCGCGGGAUUGAUGGACAUCCUCCCUUGUCUCGUCAUCCGAGGCAUAUGCAGCUAUUCGGACUCGCACAACACUGAAGAGUGGAGAGGACAUGCAGCAAUGACAGCCGCUGUGUACGCAAAGAGUGUGCUCAGCCGCCUCCCCUCGAAUGAAAGGGAGACUCAACAAAGCGUCUUUGUACCAGCCAUAUCACAUCUGUCUUUACAGCAAACCGUCUAG